AUGACAACCUAUUUGGAAUUCAUCCAACAAAAUGAAGAACGAGAUGGAGUCCGAUUUAGUUGGAAUGUUUGGCCAUCAAGUCGACUAGAAGCUACGAGGAUGGUUGUUCCAGUAGCAGCCCUAUUUACACCACUGAAGGAGAGACCUGAUUUACCACCUAUUCAAUAUGAACCUGUUCUGUGUAGUAGGACCACUUGUCGUGCAGUUUUGAAUCCUUUAUGUCAAGUGGAUUAUCGUGCAAAACUCUGGGCUUGCAACUUUUGUUAUCAAAGGAAUCAGUUUCCACCUACUUAUGCUGGUAUAUCUGAACUGAAUCAACCUGCUGAACUUUUACCUCAGUUUUCUAGUAUUGAAUAUGUGGUUCUGCGUGGUCCUCAGAUGCCUUUGAUAUUCCUCUAUGUGGUUGAUACUUGCAUGGAAGAUGAAGAUUUGCAAGCCCUGAAAGAAUCUAUGCAGAUGUCAUUAAGUCUUUUACCACCUACAGCUUUAGUGGGCCUUAUUACUUUUGGGAGAAUGGUGCAGGUUCAUGAACUUGGAUGUGAGGGUAUUUCAAAAAGCUAUGUCUUCAGAGGAACAAAAGAUCUGUCCGCCAAACAGCUUCAAGAAAUGCUGGGGCUCUCUAAAGUACCUGUUACUCAAGCAACACGUGGUCCUCAGGUACAGCAGCCACCUCCUUCCAAUAGAUUCUUGCAGCCAGUACAGAAAAUAGACAUGAAUCUCACAGAUCUGCUGGGAGAACUGCAGCGAGACCCUUGGCCUGUACCACAGGGAAAGAGACCUUUGCGUUCCUCUGGGGUGGCACUUUCCAUAGCUGUAGGACUCCUUGAGUGUACUUUUCCCAACACUGGUGCUCGUAUCAUGAUGUUCAUUGGUGGUCCAGCCACCCAGGGGCCUGGAAUGGUGGUUGGAGAUGAAUUGAAGACACCUAUAAGAUCAUGGCAUGACAUUGAAAAAGACAAUGCCAAAUAUGUUAAAAAGGGAACUAAGCAUUUCGAAGCAUUGGCAAAUCGAGCUGCUACAACUGGUCAUGUUAUUGACAUCUAUGCAUGUGCGUUAGAUCAGACGGGUCUCCUGGAGAUGAAGUGCUGUCCCAACCUUACUGGAGGAUACAUGGUAAUGGGUGACUCUUUCAACACUUCCUUAUUCAAGCAGACUUUUCAAAGAGUCUUUACCAAAGAUAUGCAUGGACAGUUUAAAAUGGGCUUUGGUGGUACAUUAGAAAUAAAGACCUCAAGGGAAAUAAAGAUUUCAGGGGCUAUUGGACCCUGUGUGUCUCUCAAUUCUAAAGGACCCUGUGUGUCUGAAAAUGAGAUAGGAACAGGUGGCACUUGUCAGUGGAAGAUAUGUGGACUCAGUCCCACUACAACUGUAGCUAUAUAUUUUGAGGUUGUCAAUCAGCAUAAUGCUCCAAUUCCUCAAGGAGGGCGUGGUGCAAUUCAGUUUGUGACUCAGUAUCAGCAUUCAAGUGGGCAGAGACGCAUCCGAGUGACCACUAUUGCUAGGAACUGGGCAGAUGCUCAAACUCAAAUCCAAAACAUCGCUGCAUCUUUUGACCAGGAGGCAGCUGCCAUUCUUAUGGCCCGGCUGGCAAUAUAUAGAGCAGAAACAGAGGAAGGGCCAGAUGUUCUUAGAUGGCUAGACAGACAGCUCAUUCGGCUGUGUCAGAAAUUUGGAGAGUAUCACAAAGAUGAUCCAAGUUCCUUCAGAUUUUCAGAAACUUUCUCCCUUUAUCCACAGUUUAUGUUUCAUUUAAGAAGAUCGCCUUUCUUGCAAGUUUUUAACAAUAGUCCUGAUGAGAGUUCAUAUUAUCGUCACCAUUUUAUGCGUCAAGAUUUGACCCAGUCUCUAAUCAUGAUUCAGCCUAUUCUGUAUGCGUAUUCUUUUAGUGGACCACCAGAGCCGGUGCUUCUUGACAGCAGCAGCAUUCUUGCAGAUCGUAUUCUUCUCAUGGACACAUUCUUCCAGAUUCUGAUUUAUCAUGGUGAGACCAUAGCGCAGUGGCGCAAGUCAGGAUAUCAGGACAUGCCAGAAUAUGAAAAUUUCCGCCACCUUCUGCAAGCCCCAGUGGAUGACGCACAGGAGAUUCUCCACUCCAGAUUUCCAAUGCCAAGAUACAUCGAUACAGAACAUGGGGGCAGCCAGGCCCGUUUCCUGCUUUCAAAAGUCAACCCUUCACAGACUCAUAAUAAUAUGUAUGCCUGGGGACAGGAGUCUGGAGCACCUAUUCUCACAGACGAUGUUAGUUUACAAGUGUUUAUGGAUCACUUGAAGAAACUUGCUGUGUCAAGUGCUGCUUGAAGUGCUAAACACAUUAAGGACACUUAAGAUGAAAUCAUAUUUCAGUUUCAUUUUUUUGCCUUUUGUUAUUCUUCUGUGGAAACUAUCAGAUAGCUCUCUAGACUCUUUUUGAAUUAGUAUGGUUUGAGACAAUGUGUGGAAAAAUGUUCACAUUUGUUGAUUAAUAAGCUGGAAUGUAAGAGCAAUAAGAACAAAUUUGUUUUGCUUUCCACAGUAUUAUAACUCAUUUUAGAAAUCUGACAUCUUUAUAACUUAAUUAUGUUAAAGAGUAAAGGCAGUCUGCCUUGUACUACAGAGACACGCCUCAUUUGUAUAUCGCAGGCAAAUCCAAAGUGGCACUGAAUGUCCUUGCUGACUUCUUGAAAACUUGUUUUUUAAUUUUAACCAGAAAGUGAACAAAGUCCUUAGUAGUAAUGAUAAAUGUGAACAUUUUUGCCUAUUCUUUGAAUAUUUUUCUGUGUUAUCAGCACUUAUUAUGUACACACCUUUUCUGUUAAGGCAGAUUUAUUUUUAUGAUGAUUUGUUUAGGAAUUAUUUGACUUUAUGUAUGGUAAUUUUAAUGAAGAUAUUUAAUGUUUUUGGUCAUUUGGAAAAAUAGAGAGGAAAAGUUUUUUUUGGGGGGGGAAACAAUCCCACAACUGACAAUAAAUGUGAAAUUCCCACAAAGUAACCAACCUAUGUGAUUAAACAUGAUCAUUUUUUUAAAAGGGAGAUAAACAGUGAAGGAUUUGAUCAUUUUUUAAAAAGGGAGAUAAACAGAAAGCCUUUGCAGUAAAAUGACUGUGGUAACUACUAGACCAGGUUUGGUUUUCACUGAAUGUUUUUGUUGUUUCCCUGUGAUUUUCUGAGGUAAAUUUUAUAUUAUAUCCUUUAGUAUUUUAACAAACUGUUUUGGGAGCUUACACAUUACUGUUUUAUUUUGUUUUUGCUUCUAUUUUGUGAAAUUUAUUAUGGUUCUUAUUGAAACAGUAUUAUAUAUGUAUUUUUUGAAUUUUAUCAUGUGAUGUUCAGUUCCAUUUUGAUUUAUUCAUUAGUAUCAUUCACUUUUACUUUUUAAAGUUUACUUGUAGCAGAUGUUUACAUUGCUAAAGCCAGAUGUUUGACAAUGAAAUUUACAUCAAGUACUGCAAAUAAAAGGUGGUGCUAUAAUAUGUGCUUAGAAGGACAGUUUGGUUAUUGUACUUGCAUGAAUACAAUCAUGAUGGUAAAACAGAAACUAAAAAAAUUGUUAAUAUAUUAUAUUCAAUUAGAUUAAAUAAAUUACUCUGUUUCAUUUUAUUUGAAUUGAACUAGGCCUAAGUACCAAUAAAAUAUACUUUCUCUGUUUCCCUGCUUAUUCUGAAAUCUAGUAAAGCCUGAGAAGCCUAAUGUAAAAUUAGCAUUUAUAAAAUCUGCUUUUAGUGGAUUAUUCAUUUUUUAAAAUGCGUUUUUGAGAUAUGACUCAUACCAUUUAAACUGUACAGCUCUAUGGUUUUUAGAAUAUUGAAGUAUAUAACCACCACAUCAAUUUUAGAGCAUUUUCAUCACUCCCAAAAUACUUGUUUUUGCUAUAAGAAAAUUAUAUUUUGGAGUUCACAUGUUCUGAAGUGAGGAAAGACCCUGUGAUGAUAACACAUAUUUAAUUUGCCUGGCUCCGUAAUUUAUACCCUGUAAGAAUGCAUUGUUGUUUCUACUCUUGAGUGAUAUUUGGUACUUACCCCUGAACUGUCCUCUACUUCUAUGUCAAUUACAGCUGAAGGUGCUAAAGUACCUCUGUAUUUAAGGGGUAAGAAUGAACAAACACAUCAUCAUACCCUUUUAGCUUACCAUUUGAAAGAAAUUACCCUGAAUCAUUUUUGUGUAUAAUUUAGCUAUUAUUAAAUUGCUAGCUAUUUAAAUAGACUGUUGAAGAGAAAAUUGUUUAACCCAUUUAAUGAACUUAGAGUAGAUUAAGAAUAUUUGCCAAAUCACUAGUAAUACUGAGAAGCUUUGGUAUUUUCAAUUCAUACUUGAACUUACUACACCUAGUGACCUUAUCUCUAAGAUGACUUUAGACCUCAUCUAUGUACACUUACAUUUUGGGGUAACAGGAUAAAUUUAUGCUUUUAUUAGCUGAUUCCAAAAGUGAGCUGACAUUUUCUCAUCUAGUUCUCCACUUGAUGAAACUUCCCUCUCGUAUUCCCAGCGCAGACACUACAUUUUAGGAAUGUGCUUGUGGUCCAGUUCAGACUAGAAGCCAAGGACUCAUUUUCAACUCUUAAUCUGCUCAACAUUUUAGUAACCAUAUUCUACCAAUUCUGUUCUGAUAUCUCCCUAGUCUAUUUCCUGUUCUCCACCUUACUGUAAGAUGAGAAUCUUCAUCAUAUCUCACCUGGUUUGUUAGAACAGUCUCCUAACCAGUCUGCUUUCCCCAGUUGCCUUUUCUCUGUCCCUUUCUUCAGUUCACUGAAACACAGAUCUGAUUAUGUCAUUUCCUUGCCCUCUUAAUAAAGCCCAAACACUUUGACCCAGUAACAUUUCAUCCUGUACAUCAAAUUGGAUCCUAGCUGUACCCUAGAAAAAUAGUACGGAAGACACUUUUGAAAAGGUAGUAUUGGAGAGGGGUCUCUGCUUCUACCUCAGGUGUCUGCAUUUAUCUUAGAGGUGAUAUUUGGGAUCAAUAUUGUGACAAAAACAUUAUUUAUUGGCCAUUACAAAUGAAAUGCUCUGACUUUUUGUACUUGGUUUUAUUUUAAAUGAACAUUUUUUUCAUUUAUUUUGCAAACAACACUGACAAAUUAGGAUUAUUUACUUUUUAAUGCCCAUCUUUACAUUUUAAUUUUAAUUUUUCAUGCUUCCAGUGUACAUGCAUACAUACUUUUUGUAUUAUAUGCUUGGUUUGUAUUCAUCUUGAACAUUUUAUCAAGUAAUUCUACAGAUGUUUCUCUUGUUUUUUAAGUUUACCUUAGGAAAUUAAAACAUUCUUGUUAUGUU